AUGUCUUGUUUUUUUGAUUUUUUUUAGGAGUUUUACCAGUUUCAUCAGCAGAGAAACAGGAAACAGAAACCUGAUGAGGAGAACUCUGUGAAUCUGAUGAACCCAGAAAAUAACAGUGAAGCUGCUGAUCAGAAAACACGACCGAACGUCUCCAUGAUCAAAAUCUUUAAGAAGAUCUGGCUGUUGGCUCUCUCCGUCUGUUUCACCUUCACCGUCACCAUCGGCACGUUUCCCGCCAUCACCGCCGACACCAAAUCCACGCUCGCUGACGGAGGCUCCUGGGCCCGGGAAGGACAGUCUGAUACUUCCUGUGUCCAUCGUGUGUCGCCUGGUCUUCGUCCCUCUCUUCAUGUUGUGUAACGUCCAG